CACGUUUUGUCUUCAAAGUAUAAUUAUCAUCCUGUCUGUGCUGAGACUUGCUGCAGUGCUCUUAGAAGCUUCCAUAGCCACAGUAAUCGAACAAGCACGCCGUCUGUACCUGCUGUCCAUGAGCACUGCAGGGAGCCCAAACGUUCUGUCGAGAUAUCGAGAACUAUUACGCCUUAUUUUGAGGCUCCCGCAAACGCAGCGUUCACAGGCCCUCAACGAGGCUCGGACAACCAUCCGCUCUCGACGAUCAGUGACGAACCCUGAGGAGGUUCUUAAGCAUCACAAAGAACUCUCCUCUAAAAUCGGCUAUCUACGUAUAAUCACCCCUAAGCGGCCAGGCGAAGUUCAGUCAGGGUCGUACAUCGUCCGCGACGGCAGGCUUAUACAGGGUGCUGGGGAGGCCAAGGGGACGAGGGUUGCGGAUGGCACGAUAACUCACGAGGAGGCCAUGCGGCGAAACGAGCGAGACUUCAAGCGCUUCUACGGUGCAGCAAAGCCCAAGA